GCAGCCGGUCGCCAUGGAGACGGGCCCACCGUAGGGAUGCUGAGGCGUUGUUGAGCCAGAUGAAACCUGGCAGAAAAGGAAAGCAGCCUAGCUGAAGCAGGCCGGUUUCUAGGCGCGAAGGAAGCGACGCAGCAGAGGAACAAAGCGUUGUAGAACCUUUUGCUUUAUUUAUUUCCCCCCCCCCCCUACCGAACACACGCAUCAUUUCCCCUGUUGGCAGCCCAAUUCCUGUAGGUUUGCCAAUGGUUUCUGGCUGAGUAGUGACCCGCCAACAAAUCACUACAGUGCCUUCCCUCCGCCUGUUUCACCUUCUCCAGCUUUUGACUACCUGCCACUACCAUGCCAGUGACAGAGGCCCAGCAAGGAAUAAAGCCCCCCGUCCAUGAGCAGAUCGCAGAUCUCCAGAAGAAAAUACAGCUGCUAGAAAGCGACCGGAAAGCUUCCUCUGAAAAUUCGCAAUGGGAAAUUAAUAAAAAUAAUGAUUUAAUUUUAAAGUUGAGGCAGGAGAAUAAGAAGAUGCACCAGACGCUUGCAGAUGCCUUUGCGGGAGAAGAGGAAGUCAUCAAUGCUGCAUUCCAAGAACACCAAGUUGAACAGGGAGCUGUGAAAAAUAAAACAGGAGAGGGUGCUAUUCUGAUUGUUGAUCACCGGCUAUGCGAGACAGUCAAUCAGUUAAACCAGCUAAAGUAUCAAGUAGAGAUGCGGAAGCAGCACCUGGAGGAGCUUCAGCUUCAAUACAGUACCAAGGAGCAAGAGAUCAAUGAAAUGCAUGCACUGGAGGAAGGGGACCUUGAAGAAGCCAAGAUACUGCGUAUGCUGGAAAACCGCCUGGAAAAAGCUCGGUUCAAGAAUGACGAGGCUGUACGCAUCACCAGCAUGUACCAGAAACUCAAGGCACACAUGCAGGAGAAGAGCCUCCACUUCCAGAACAAGCUGGAUGCCCUGCAAGCUGAGAUCUCACACCUGCAACAUGAAUUCAAAGAGCUGGAAAGCGUGGAGAUUGAAGCACAAGAUGCCCGCAAUACAACUAGGGAGCAGCUCCAAAUUCAAGAGGAAAACAUUUAUGGAGAACGAAAGGCCCGUGAUAAGAAGCUGAAGGACCUCAAAAAGCUGAUAGAAGAAAAAAGAGCACAGAAUGAGCGUACAGAAAAACGGUCUCAAAAGGAUCAUGUCCCAUUUGGAGCUGAAGAGCUGCGCAGAGAGCCCAUGCAGGGAAAAGCAAGCAUCCUGAAGAACAAACAAGCCUUGUUCACUGCAUCAGAGGCCUUUGAGAAGAUUCGAGCCACAACUGGCGUUGCAGACGCAGAUGAUGUUAUAGCCUGCUUUGUGGCUCUAGAAGAAACCUUCAAGCAACUGGAAAACAUGAAGGAUGAUAAUGAAAAAUCCCAGGUACUGCUCAGAGAGGAGAAGAAUGCAUUGCAACGUGAAUUCGAACAUGAAGAGUACUCAGGCGAGGCCCGGAAGGUGGGGGCCGAGAACCUGAUGAAGGAAUUGUGUGAAUACCAGAAGAGGGAUGAAAAGAGGCAGAAUGCAACGCAAGAAGAACUGGAUAAAGUGAACCGUUUUCUGCUGGAUGCCAAGGCUGGAGUGGAACAUUUGGCCUCCAAAGUACAACAUAUCAAACUGGAAGAUAGCCACUUUGCUUCCACUGAAUUGGAUGAGAAAGCCCCCGACUACGUGCUUGACCUCUUAGCCCAAACCGAGGAGAAAUUUCUCUAUCUGCUGCAGUUCCUCAAGGACCGAGACAAGCAGGAGCUUCUCAAGAGAAUUGAAGAAGUGGAGUUCCAUACAAGGCUUGAGAGGAAGUUACCUGCCUAUAACACCAGGGUCAAACUUCCCAUGUCUCAAAAAGCAGAUAUAUAUGAUGAAGAGGACAGUGGGGAGGAUGAUGCGGAUGUGGUGACACGUACAGCCCUGAAGCGUCAAUCCCAGCAAAUCAUAGAAUCCAAGACCAAACGCCGCACCCGCUACAGAAAGAAGGAUGGGAAGAUGUGACUGCGUCCUGUGUAGUCCUCUUUCCCAGCUCCAGUUGUAGAACAAAGACCUUGGCAAUUAAAGAUGCCUCCUAGAUACUGGCCUCCUGUUCAAGCCAGUUCCACCUUUCCUUUUCUUCACUUCCUCGCCCCAGAAAAAAGAGGGACAUGACCCCUUGUGGAUCUGUUCCAAAUCUCUGGAUGGACCAAGUAAGGGACCCACAAUGAGCUGUAUUUUGCUCCUGCUCUCCUAUCAUUGAGGUUCUAGCAGUGUGAGAAGCAUGGCUUCUUCAGUGCUAGCGGGUAAGAAAUAAUUCUUGCCAUUCUCAAGGAGAGAAGGAAGAGGAAUCUACAUGCCUCCAAGUGGAUCCCAACCCCCUGACACCUGAUAGUGGUUGCCUUGGAAGUGUUGGUGAACCCCUAUUGAUCUAGGUCUCAACAGUGGGUCCUGUCUUUCAGGACUUCAUUUGAUCAAGAUUGGAGAUCUAAAGGAGCCAGGAUAUUUGUUCUGCCUUUCAACUAUUAACCACUUAUUCCAUCAGCAAAUGUAUAAGAACUUUUGUAUGACUUGACUUGAACUGUCAAAAUGUUCUUUCACUUUAAGUUACCAGAAUCUUCAUAAAAAUCAUCUUUAAACUUC